GCCAACACCUCUUCUCUCCAACACCUUCCGCGAGAAGAACCUACGCACGAAGAGAGAGAAAGUAGAGAGAGAGAGAGAGGAGAGAGAGAGAGAGAGGGAGCGCACGCCGAAAUUCCUGAAUUUUGUGAAGCUAAGGCGCAUUCCCCUGUUCGGCUUCUUCCCAAAUCUCUCUUGGGUUCUCUCUCUCUCGAUCUCCAUCAUCAUCUCCUCCUCCUCCUCCUGCUUUCGUCGGAUCGGGGAGUGAAGAGAUCGCCUUGUGAUCUUCCGUCGCGACGAACCAGGUCUGCAAGAAUGGUGUUUUGGGUUUUUGGUUAUGGUUCACUGGCGUGGAACCCCGGAUUUGAGUUUGAUGAGAAAAUUAUGGGCUUUAUCAAGGACUACAAGCGUGUGUUUGAUCUCGCAUGCAUUGAUCAUAGAGGUACACCCGACCAUCCUGCUAGGACAUGCACUUUGGAAGAAGCUGAAGGAUCCAUCUGCUGGGGUGUUGCUUAUUGUGUGAGCGGUGGCCCUGAAAGGGAAAGAGCAGCAAUGGAGUAUCUGGAGCGGAGAGAGUGUGAGUAUGACAAGAAGACUCUGGUCGAUUUUUACAAGACAGAGGAUAGUUCGCAACCGACUUUGCAAGGAGUUAUAGUCUUUACGUCCACUCCGGACAAAAUAUCUAACAAAUAUUAUCUGGGUCCUGCUCCGUUGGAGGACAUGGCAAGGCAAAUCGCAACUGCUUCUGGACCUUGUGGAAACAAUAGAGACUAUCUAUUCCGACUAGAGAAGGCCUUGUUUGAUAUUGGACAUGAAGACGACCAUAUCAUCGAACUUGCAAACGAAGUAAGGAAAGUUCUUGGAACUGCGGGGAAGAUUGAUAAGAAGUUGGUUGGGCCAUCCCGCAUCCCAUUGAAGGACAACGUACCGUCCCUGAAGCUGCGUCCGCUUCAGGAAGCCAUAGCCACGGACUCCUCGUGAAGUAAAGCCAACAAUCCGAGCCAGUGCAGCUCAGAGGCUUAUCUCAUCCUGAUUACUAAUGUCUUCAUCAACUCUUCUUCACUUGAAACUGUUCUUUGUAUUCUUUUCAUCGCUCAAAGUCAGACUUUUGAUCUUUCCAUUAUGUUAACAUGCCUAGAUUAGUUCUAAUUUCUGAGGGCCACGGUUUAGGAAUCAAUGAACUGGAAUUGUAGGACACGGAGUAGAAAUGGUGGUCUCAAAGGGGGACACGCAUUGGAACGUUUCAAUUUGUUGUAAUGCUGCCAGAGAAUAGUCAUGUUUCUGUUCAGGCGAA